AUGGGUCACGGCGCGCUCUCCCUGCCGCAGCACGCGCCUCUCGAGUACCUGGCCGAGUCGUCCCACAGGCGCUGCUCGUGGGGCCGCGCCACCGCGUACUUCGCCGUCGUGGACGGCCUGCUCGGGGCGCAGGACGGCCCGUCGCAGAGCGCCUGGAACGCGACGCGCGAGCUGAUGUCCCUCGGCGAGCACAACCUGGACGGGUGCGAGGCGAACACCACGGUGUACCACCUGAUGGAGUCCCUGUGGCCCUUCUGGCAGGUGCUCGGCAGCCUGGAGCAGCGCCGCCUGCCCCUGCAGGCCCUGCAGGCCGCGCCGCCGGCGGAGGGCUCCGCACCGUACGUGCCCGUGCCCGUGGUCCCGGCCGCCGUGGGCCUGAAGUGGGAGCACCUCUCGAGGAGGAGGCUCGGGGAGCCGACGGCGGCGCUCAAGCUCGACGGGCCCGACAGCACUGCGUCCCGCAAGCCGGCUGGAGCGGAAUGGGACGAAGAAGGUGUAGCCGUAGUCGAGCGUCUGGGUGGCCGCCAGCCUACGUCAUUGCAGUUCGGCGAGCAGGUCGCGCCACUUUGCCGAUCGGAGUGGUUCGGCAUCCGCCCGCCGAGCCUGCGGCGGACUCAACGCUUCACCACCGACCGCAUGGACUCAAUCCCGUUGGUGGCGAAACCGCGGGUGUGCUUGAUCUCGCCCGCGGAGUUCGCCGCCAGCUUCUGCUUGAUGUCCCUCGCAGUCCACCCCUCGCUCUUCAUGAGCGCUUUGAACGCGGGCACCGUGGCCUUCCAGGAAUCGCUCACCAGGAUGGUCCGUUUCGCGCAUGCCGAUCAGGUGGAGAUAGGUCAACGUUUCCUUGUGCCCGCAGGGCUUCCCAUCGAAGGCGUCGUCCAGGUGGUCCAGAAUGCGGAAAGACCAGAUGUCGGCGCGUCCCUGCACCGUUGCGCCCCAGACCCAGACCCGGUGCUUUUGCGGGCAAGCUGCUUUCAGGAGAGCGCAAGGUUUCUUUUUGUAGAGGUUCGCGCCGUGCACGUUUCUUUUUGUAGAGGAUCGAUCUUGUAUUUGGAGACGUCGGCCUCCUCGGCCAGCGCGACGCCAGCCUUCUUUCUUUGCGCCACCGCCUUCGCAGCAAUACUGCCCUUCAUGGCGGGCGAGAUCUUGCCGCGGGUCUUUGCCGCCGGCUCGCCCUUCGGCUUCUUGUUCGUUUUCGGCCAGAACCCAGAUUUAGACAUUAUGCUGUGGAGCGCCUUCGAGGUCAAGAUCCUGCGGCGAGGCGCGGUGUCCUGCGAGUUCUCGUACUUUGCCAUUCCGAUCGCCCCCGCGGGCGCGCAGGCGGGCCACUGGCAGCGGGCGCCUCGCUCCGUGCGCGGGAACGCAUCGAACUAUAACAAUUGCGGCGCAUGCGCGGCGCAGGCCGCGGCGGCCCCGCCCGCGAUUGCGAAGCGAGCGGUGGCGAUCGAGCUCGGCCACCGCGUCGAAAUCGCCCCCGCCGUCCGCGUUAUGGCGCUGGCGGGGAAGCGUGGUGAGGUCAACCUGCGCGCCGGGUGGUUCUGGUUGAAGAACGCCUGGCGAAGCGCCGGUGAGAUCUCCGCGAACACUUCGUCGAUGAAUCGCGGCUCGGAGCCCGUCGGCGCGAGCGCCCAGGUCAACGUCUUUGAAAAUUUGCACCUUGCCCUCGCCAGCGCCCGCGACGAAGACCUAUGCGGUGGCGAGGCGUGCCAGACUGGCUCCAUUGACGCUCUGCAGAGGUUAGCGCCGCUGACGCGCGGACUCCGCGCAGCCGAGGGGCGAGGGCAGGGGUCUUAG